GUAAUAAAAUCCAACACAAGAUGUCGACUAACUGCGAGUGCAUAGCCAAUAUUCCAGAUUUUUGCUCAUUUUCAGACACGUCACCAGCAGACAAUUCGUUAGACAAAGAGAAAUCUAUAGAAGCAUAUACGAACUGUAUUGAAGAAGCUAAAAAAUGUCUGCGUUUUACAGAGAAUCCAAUUUCCAGAGAAAAACUGUGUAAGCAGAUAGCCAUUGGCUACAACGAACGAGGCUUUGUACGCUACAGGAAAGUGGAUUUUGAAGACGCCAUAUCCGACUACACCAAGGCUCUGUCCUACGACUCCAGCCUGUAUUUCACACACUACAACCGGGGAUUAAUCCACUAUAGGUUAGGUCGCUUUGAAGAGGCGAUCUACGACAUGAAGGAAGCUCUCAGCCUCAAGCCAGACUUCAAGCCUGCUCAGCAGUGUCUGCAUCAGGCAGAGACGGACAAACAGAACUCUCAAAGCAGUCAACAAUAGUGGCUUUGGUUUUCCGUAUUAUGGACAAACAGAACUCUCAAAGCAGUCAACAAUAGUGGCUUUGGUUUACCGUAUUAUGGACAAACAGAACUCUCAAAGCAGUCGACAAUAGUGGCUUUGGUUUACCGUAUUAUGGACAAACAGAACUCUCAAAGCAGUCAACAAUAGUGGCUUUGGUUAACAGUUCUAUGGACAAACAGAACUCUCAAAGCAGUCAACAAAAGGCGCUCUGGUUUACCAUACUAUGAACAAACAGAACUCUCAAAGCAGUAAACAAUAGUGGCUCUAGUUUACUGUAUUAUGGACAAACAGAACUCUCAAAGCAGUCAACAAUAGUGGCUCUGGUUUGCCAUACUAUUGACAAACAGAACCCUCAAAGCAGUCAACAUUAGUGGCUCUAGUUUACUGUACUAUGGACAAACAGAACUCUCAAAGCAGUCAACAAUAGUGGCUCUUGUUUACCGUAUUAUGGACAAACAAAACUCUCAAAGCAGUCAACAAUAGUCGCUCUGGUUUACCGUAUUAUGGACAAACAGAACUCUUAAAGCAGUCAACAAAAGGCGCUCUGGUUUACCGUACUAUGGACAAACAGAACUCUCAAAACAGUCAACAAUAGUGGCUUUGGUUUACCGUACUAUGGACAAACAGAACUCUCAAAGCAGUCAACAAUAGUGGCUCUUGUUUACCGUACUAUGGACAAACAGAACUCUCAAAGCAGUCAACAAUAUCAGCUUUGUUUUACCUAACCAUGUUCAACCAGAACUCUCAAAGCAGUCAACAAAAGUGGCUUUGGUUUACCAUACUAUGGACGAACAGAACUCUCAAAGCAGUCAACAAUAGUGGCUUUAGUUUACAGUUCUAUGGACAAACAGAACUCUCAAAGCAGUCAGCAAUAGUGGCUUUGGUUUACCAUACUAUGGACAAACAGAACUCUCAAAGCAGUCAACAUUAGUGGCUCUGGUUUAUCGUACUAUGGACAAACAGAAUCCUCAAAGCAGUCAACAUUAGCGGCUCUUGUUUACCGUAUUAUGGACAAACAAAACUCUCAAAGCAGUCAACAAUAGUCGCUCUGGUUUACUGUAUUAUGGACAAACAGAACUCUCAAAGCAGUCAACAAAAGGCGCUCUGGUUUACCUUACUAUGGACAAACAGAACUCUCAAAACAGUCAACAAUAGUGGCUUUGGUUUACCGUACUAUGGACGAACAGAACUGUCAAAGCAGUCAACAAAAGGCGCUCUGGUUUACCGUACUAUGAACAAACAGAACUCUCAAAGCAGUCAACAAUAGUCGCUCUGGUUUACCGUAUUAUGGACAAACAGAACUCUCAAAGCAGUCAACAAUAGUGGCCCUUGUUUACCGUAUUAUGGACAAACAAAACUCAAAGCCGUCAACAAAAGUUGCUCUGGUUUACCGUAUUAUGGACAAACAGAACUCUCAAAGCAGUCAGCAAAAGGCGCUCUGGUUUACCUUACUAUGGACAAACAGAACUCUCAAAACAGUCAACAAUAGUGGCUUUGGUUUACCUUACUAUGGACAAACAGAACUCUCAAAGCAGUCAACAAAAGUGGCUCUUGUUUACCGUACUAUGGACAAACAGAACUCUCAAAGCAGUCAACAAUAUCAGCUUUGUUUUACCUUACCAUGUUCAACCAGAACUCUAAAAGCAGUCAACAAAAGUGGCUUUGGUUUACCGUACUAUGGACGAACAGAACUCUCAAAGCGGUCACCAAUAGUGGCUUUAGUUUACCGUACUAUGGACAAACAGAACUCUCAAAGCAGUCAGCAAUAGUGGCUUUGGUUUACUUUACUAUGGACAAACAGAACUCUCAAAGCAGUCAACAUUAGUUGCUCUGGUUUACCGUACUAUGGACAAACAAAACUCUCAAAGCAGUCAACAUUAGUGGCUCUGGUUUACCGUACUAUGGACAAACAGAACUCUCAAAACAGUCAACAUUAGUGGCUCUGGUUUACCGUACUAUGGACGAACAGAACUCUCAAAGCAGUCAACAAAAGGCGCUCUGGUGUAUCAUACUAUGGACAAUAGGAACUCUCAAAGCAGUCAAAAUUUGUGGCUCUCGUAUACUGUAUUCCUUUUCGUGUGAAUUCCAAAAACUCACAAAAGGCAAUCAAGUUCUUGAUAUGCCACCCCCCCCCAUUUCAUGUGGUACCAAUGGAUUUGCCCAUAUCCAAUUAUUUGCUUUUCCAUUGGUCUAGUACGGUUAUUGCUCUUUUUAACAAAAACAGCACAUUUUUGGACUUAAGUCUUGUUGAGCUUAAAAAUUAGAUCUGCUGUACAAUGAAACUUUCAGGGUUUUUUUUCCACUUUUUGGGAAGAUAGCCCAUGGCUUUGGAAUUGGGAAUUUUAUCGGCAUUUUCAUGAAAUUGAGAAAAUAAAUUCAUUAGCCUUUUUUCCACACGAAAAGUCCACUGAUUAGGAAAAUACUAAAUUUGAUUUAGCUCUUUAUAAUCAUUCAAAUUAAAAGAAAAAAAAUCAUAUAAUACUUUGUUAUAUGUAAUUGAAUUAAAAUUGAGAUAAAAUACACAUAAGACUUCUUUCAAAAAAAAAAAAAAAAAAAAUUUUUUUUUUUUUUUAGGCAAUUGGGAAUUUUUUGCCACAUUUUGGGGAAAAAAGUAUACUUUUUGGGAUUGGGAACAUAGCCGAAUUUCGGCUAUAAAAUCGGGCCAAAAAAACCCUGACUUUAUACAAAUAAUAUUACACUGAACAGAGGAAUUAUGACCCUUUAAAAUAUUAUUUUGGUAAACUUGUGUCACACGGCACUAAACAAAUAUUACUGUUAGAGUGAUGAAGUUUGCUAAACAAUUACAUAUUGUUAAGCAUGUGAACUUGUGUGCCUAGGUAUACAUUAAAAUAGUUGCAUAGUUGCAAUUGUGACAGCCAGCGUAAUAUGGGGCUUUCUAAGUCCAUUGAACACCCAGUCUAGUUCUAGUUAUGGAUUUAUGUGCGAUUUGUUAUACAACCAUAUCUGGAAAUUUUACCUUUUUACAACGGUUCUUAUUUUAAACAUUCAGUGUUUGUCUGCGUUAUAAAUUUAUGUGUUGUGUUUUAUCUUUCAUAAUCAUCAUGAUUUCAAUAUUUGUAUUCAGAAUCUUUAUUUAUUUGUAAACAUAGUCGAGCACAAGAUAUGUUAGUGUACAUAUCUUCAUCAUCCUAAUAACGUAAAGAUUAAAGAGAUGUAUUGUACCUUUCUUAUGUAUCUACAAUCUAACAAUGUAAUAACGCAUAAUUAUGUCUCUGGUUGCAGACGUCACUUUCGGAACCAUUCAAAAUAUUUAGUUUGGUUAGUAUAUUGCAUAUUCAUACAUGUACUUUAGAGAAAGAAAAUGUCUGAAGUCAGCACUGGUAUAUAAAAGAAGAAUCUGAGGUCCAGUUAAAAAUUAACCAACGCAGCCCUUGCAGGCAUGUGUGUUUGUAAAUUAAGUUGUUUUUUU